AUGGAUCUUCAGACCAUGUUAUUGGACAUCCUGGCUAAUCCGGAUAGCAUGGGUGAACUCCCGGAGCUCGAACCGCUCCGCGUACUCACACCACGCACCGAGGCUCGGGAACGAGCUCUACAACUAGCCCUCGUGGAUCCUGACGAGGUGGCAGCGUGGGAAAGUUGUGAAGCCGGCAACGAUGCUGYUCUUCAUCAGGUGCAACAACUGAUCCAAUCGGGACGUCGAGCUGCGAAUCUGAUACAUUGCCUACAAAUGGCUACGAGGUCGGGGAAUGAGUCUCUCGUUGCCAAGCUCCUUGCCAUCGGAAUCCCAUUCAACGAAUGCGUUCUCCGGGUCGGAAUUGAUAAAUGUCUACUCGAUACGCUCUCCUUGUUCCUUGCCAAAGGCUGGGACAUCAACAAGGAGAGUGAUUGGUGUACUCCACCACUCCUAUCAUAUGCAAUGCUCACUGAAGCCAGCGACUCGGUGAUAUUGUGGUUUCUAGACCACGGAGCCGAUCCAAACGCGACUUGCAAAGCCGGCCUCACGCCGCUCUCUAUCGCCGUCCUUAAGGCACCUCUGGGGACCGUACAGAAAUGUCUAGAUCGCUGUGUCCAAGGCACCGUCUUCAAAGGCCAACUGCUCCACAAUGCUGCACGGCGGAACGACCAUUCUAGCGUGCAAGUCGUCGAGCUCGUCCUUCGUCGCUGCGGAUGCAAUGUCAACUCCAUUGAAUGGGAGGAUAAUGCAUUUACAUAUGCAAACUGGAAGGUGAUGGGAUUGGGCACAUCGCUUCACGCAGCGGCGCAAGGAGGAAAUGCUGGGGUGGUGAAGCUGUUGCUUCGCAAGGGGGCUGAUAUUUCUCUCAUAGACUCUCGGGGUAUGACCGCGAUUCAAGUGGCGGAGGAGAAUGGCAAUACCCAAGUUGUCCAGCUUCUUCGCGAUGCUGAGUAUGGGGACACAGCCAGUGACAAAGCAAAGAUCUAA